CAAUAAUAGCGACAGAAGUAGAAGAAGAGUGAAGAAGAGUGAAGCUCCUCCUCUCGAACAACCAACAAUGGCAACAAUGGCUGCAAUCGGAUCCUUAACAGUUCCUUCCUCGAACCACACCCGUAGAGCAUCUUCAUCUUCUCAACGGAAAACUCUCUCCUUCUCGUCGUCUUCUCUUACCGGAGAGAAACUCAACCCCACGCAGCAGGAGAAGAUCAUCUCCAAUCUCCCACGUCGCAAUGAGAGAAGAGCACCAUCGAUCGUCUCUCCAAAAGCAGUUUCGGACUCGCAAAACUCACAAACCUGCCUUGAUCCUGACGCUAGCAGAAGUGUGUUGGGGAUAAUUCUGGGAGGUGGUGCUGGGACGAGACUGUAUCCUCUGACGAAGAAGAGAGCGAAACCAGCUGUUCCUCUCGGCGCUAACUACCGUCUCAUCGAUAUCCCAGUCAGCAACUGCUUGAACAGUAACAUCUCCAAGAUCUACGUCCUUACUCAGUUCAACUCCGCUUCUCUCAACCGUCAUCUCUCCCGAGCCUACGCCAGCAACAUGGGUGGUUACAAGAACGAAGGCUUCGUCGAGGUUCUUGCUGCUCAGCAGAGUCCCGAGAAUCCUAACUGGUUUCAGGGGACUGCUGAUGCCGUGAGGCAGUACUUGUGGCUGUUCGAAGAGCACAAUGUGUUGGAGUUUUUGGUUCUUGCUGGCGAUCAUUUGUACCGUAUGGACUACGAGAAGUUCAUUCAAGCGCAUCGUGAGACCGACGCUGAUAUCACUGUUGCUGCUCUUCCUAUGGAUGAGAAGCGAGCUACGGCUUUUGGAUUGAUGAAGAUUGAUGACGAAGGAAGGAUCAUUGAGUUUGCUGAGAAGCCUAAAGGAGAGCAGUUAAAGGCUAUGAAGGUUGAUACAACAAUCUUGGGACUUGAUGACGAAAGAGCCAAAGAGAUGCCUUUUAUUGCUAGUAUGGGAAUAUAUGUUGUUAGCAAGAAUGUGAUGUUGGACUUGCUUAGAGACCAGUUCCCUGGAGCUAAUGACUUUGGGAGUGAAGUUAUCCCUGGUGCUACUGAUCUCGGACUGAGAGUGCAAGCUUAUCUGUAUGAUGGGUAUUGGGAAGACAUUGGUACCAUUGAGGCGUUUUACAAUGCGAAUCUUGGGAUCACCAAGAAACCAGUACCAGAUUUCAGCUUCUACGACCGUUCAGCACCAAUCUACACACAGCCUCGGUACUUACCUCCAUCCAAGAUGCUUGAUGCUGAUGUUACCGACAGUGUGAUCGGUGAAGGUUGUGUCAUCAAGAAUUGCAAAAUCCACCAUUCCGUGAUUGGUCUUCGGUCUUGCAUAUCGGAGGGUGCUAUAAUAGAAGACACCUUGUUGAUGGGUGCAGACUACUACGAGACUGAUGCGGAUAGGAGACUCCUGGCUGCAAAAGGCAGCAUUCCGAUUGGCAUUGGCCGAGACUCACACAUUAAAAGAGCUAUCAUUGACAAGAAUGCUCGUAUUGGUGACAACGUCAAGAUCAUCAACACGGACAAUGUGCAAGAAGCUGCUAGAGAGACGGAUGGAUACUUCAUCAAGAGCGGCAUUGUUACAGUGAUCAAGGAUGCUCUCAUUCCUAGUGGAACUGUUAUCUAAGAGACACCACCCCCUUUGACAAUCUUCUUACAUAUCUCAUGGUUUUGACCUCGUGUUAGCUUCCACUGAUGCUAUCUGUAAUGUUAUCCGCGGUCAGGGCCUAUUCAUCCUCUUCCCUUAUCCCGAAAUAAUAAUCUCUACUUUGUAUUCUAGAUCUUUGGCGAUAUACAUGCAUAGAAAUGCAGAACUUGCCCUCUAUGUAACAAAACUAUCAACCAGAAAUCGUUAAAAGGUGAGCAAAUA